AUGCGUGGCACCUCUUUCCCACGCGUUCCUCCCUGCCAGCUGCGUCCGACGCUGCCGAGGGUGCAGGACGGCCGCAGACUGCUGCUCGCGAUUGGUGUGAUCACGAGCCCCGGGCUGCCCUUCCGGCGCACGUUCCUGCGUGCUGCACUCAUGCGCUUCGAAGAACCGCAGAUUGUCCAGCGCUUUGUUGUCGGCUGCAUCAUGAAGAACACAUCUCAAAUCCAGCAAGAGAUUCUGCAGCACGGCGACAUCAUUGUGACGGGGAAAGCUGACGAGACGGGCGCUGCGUGUGUCGAAAAGUCCUUUGGGUGGUGGGCGCUCGCGGUGCACGCCUUUCCUGCGGCCAGCUUCCUCGCAAAGACGGACGACGACUCGCUCAACCUCUAUGGCAACCUCGCCGACAUCCUGAGAGCACGCUCGCUGGUCGCAUCUGGCCGGAUGCUGUACGUGGGCUGGCCGCAGUACGCGUCGUUCCUGCCAGAGUACAACGUGCCGUGCGGAUGGUCGGGCGGGCCGAACGGCGCUCUGAGCCGCGGUGGGUGCAACGUCUGCAAGAACCACCACUUUUGCUACGUGCGCGGCGUCUCGACCGGCGAGCCGAUCAACGCGUCCACUCGCGGCCCCUUUGUUUUUGCGACGGGCGCCCUGCAGGUGCUCUCGCGACCGCUGGCGGCGCGAACCUUCACGGGGCCGCACGCGGCCGAGUUCGUCCGCCGCGCCUCGCUCAGCCGCAGGGAGCGCUUCCCAGACGAGCGCAACCACUUGCCGUGGGCGAAGCCGUGGUGGGAGCCGUGGGAGUGCCAGUUCGAGGACCUGACGGUGGGGUACGCCAUCUUCGAGGCCUCGCAGGCCCUCAACUUGUCGGUGGACUUUGUCGCGCUGAGCGACAUGGUGGGCGACGCGGGCCCGACGGUGCGCGAGCUGGCCACGCAGGCGACGUCCCGCGCGAGGGCUCGAUGA